CCCUCCCGCUCGCCGGGGAACGUGCUCGCGGUCUCGGGACGGUGGCGGGGCUGCCCGAGAGACCCGCACGGCCACGGGGAGCAGGGCUCCCCACGAGCGGUGGGGAGGCCGGAGACGACCGGUUCCUCACGAGUGCGGACCCCCCACGCUGCACCCUGCAGGGUGGCGACCUUCCCACACGGCCACCUGCUCACAAGCCCCUGGACUGACACCAGUCCUGUUGCCUGAAAGAUGAGACCCGAGGACCCCUGCAGGGGCGCAGACCCUCUGAGACUCACGGGUCUCAGGGGAGGUCACACCCCUGCUGGCCGAGGACGGUGUCCCCUCACUGCACCCGGAGACGGACCCCCGUCCUGUCCUGGCCUCUCCUUCUCCAGAAGGUCCCCACAAUCCCGUGUCUAUGGCUGCUCCAUGUCCACCUGCCAUUGGGUCCCUCUGUUCCCUGUGCUCCCUUCUCUGCCGCGCACGACCCACGCAGCCAAAGCGUCACUGUCCCCAUGUGUGUGUUCUCUGUGGUCACCGACCAGCCCCGUGCGCCCUGGGAAGGGACUGGUCACCUUCACCAAUGAAUCGCAUGCCAGGACAGGGUCACUGCUCAAUAGACGUUGGCUCAUUGCCUGGAUGGUGGAAGGAAGGAAGCACAGCUGCGUUUACGGAGCCUCAGGAGGGGAAGUGACUUGCUCAAGGUCACACGGGCUCUAAAAGGCAGAGUCACCACUGGAGCAGAAGUUGGGCUGGGCGCCCUGCCCUCUGCGGGUGGUGGAGCUUGUGGGGUCUGGAGGCAGCUCUGCUCUGAAGGGUCCCAGAGCCUGCUGUGGCCUCAGCCCCGUCCCUCAGGGAGCAGAGUGGGGCGCUCCCUCCGAAGAGGCCCCUGGAGAGGAACCCGAGACGAGGCACAGGGGGCUGUCCUUGUCAGCACGCCCUGUGUCCGUCUGUCUGGCCUCGGGGACAUGGGGGGCAGCGCCUCGACCACGACACUCGCUGCCCUUCUCUGCCUCGGGCUGUGUUGGGGCCCCCGGGACCGCGUGCAGGCGGGGACCCUCCCCAAGCCCUCCAUCUGGGCUGCCCCGGGCUCCGUGGUCACCAACGGCAGCCCUGUGACCAUCCACUGUCAGGGGCCUCCGCAGGCUGUCAGGUACAGUCUGUAUAAAGAGUACUCCGGACGCUGGACCCUGGUAGCCCAGGAUGAGUUCAGGGACGAGGCCAGUUUCCCCAUCGGGCUCAUGAGCGCACACCGCGCAGGACGGUACCAGUGUGGGUUUCACAGCAGGAGCGGCUCAGAGUGGAGUGACCCCCUGGACCUGGUGGUGACAGGAGUGUCUGACCCACCCUCCCUCUCGGCUGACCCAAGCCCUGUGGUGGUGUCAGGAGGGACUGUGUCCCUCAGGUGUAGGUCAGAGGUCACAGGGGGCACUUUCCACCUGCUGAAGGAGGGAGGAGCUGACGGGCCCCAACACAUGAUCGCGCUGUUCUCUGCUGGGGGGUGGCAGGCCCGCUUCCCUGUGGACCCCAUGACCACCUCCCGUGGCGGGACCUACAGAUGCUACACUUCUGAAACUAAAAAACCCUACGUGUGGUCACACCCCAGCGGCCCUCUGUCCCUGGAGGUCACAGCCGCACACCCCCAGGACUACACGCUGGGGAACCUCAUCCGGUUGGGCAUCGCCGCCUUUAUCCUGCUGGUUCUCGGGAUGCUGCUGGCCCAGGCCGGACACUGCUCGGACACGACCCAAGGCGAAGGCAGGAGUCAGACACAGGCGGUAACACCUCACCCCUGAGGGAUCUAGAACCUUGGACAUAAUCUGAUGAUACCAAGAGGUUCUGGAGGAAAACCUGGGGCACAAGCCAGGGACCUGUCUGCUGACAAUGUCAGAGGUAUACACAUGGUCUGGGUGCGGGACAGCUUCUGCGCUGCCUCUGUGGAAGCUCUUCUGCAAUUACUGUGAUGAUUUUGCACCCUCCUUGAUUGUCCCAUCCCCAUGGCUAAUUUAUAUUAUAAUUGGAAGUUUGUCCUACCUUAGCCCCUUCACCUCUUUCCCCCAUCCCUGCAAGUCUGCUCUGUUUUGUUUGUUUGGUCGUUUCUCUUGUUUUAUAGAUUCCAUGUAUAAGUGAAGUGACGUGGUAUUUGUCAUUGUUCUCCUGGCUUAUUUUACUGAGCAUAAUACUCUCUAGUUCCAUCCACAUUAUCACAAAUGGCAAAAUUCCUCUCUUCUUUAUGGCUGAGUAAUAUUCCAUUGUGUAUAAGCACCACAUCUUUACGCAUUCAUCCCUUGAUGGACACUUAGGUUGCUUCCAUAUCUUGGCUAUUGUAAACAAUGUUGCAAUAAACAUAGGGGUGCAUGUAUCUUUUCAAA